CUGGAGCGGCGUCGCCGUCGGGGCCGCUCGGAGCGUUUGGAGCGUCUGGUGCGGCUGAACGAGCAGCGCUGCGGCCUCAGCCCCAUCUACGGAGCUGAAGUGCUCGACUUCCUCACCCUGCCCCCCAAAAAACCCCCCCCGGGCAGCGCCCUGGGCAGGGCCGUGCUCGGAGUGCCCGACAGGUUCCAGAUGAUGAAGCCCCUGCUCGAAAGGUUCCUGGUGACGGUGCCCCCCGUGGCGUCCCGGGGGGUUUCCCUGCACAGCGCCCGCCCCCCGCCCUGGGGGCAGCGGCAGCGCCAGCGCCUCGAGCAGCGCCUGCUCCACCAGCUGGGGGGGCCCCUGGGGGGGCUCCUGGGGGGGCCCCGCACCCACUUCCCAGACCCCCGCCUCGUCCAGUACGACUGCGGUAAGCUGCAGACCCUGGACGUGCUGCUGCGGGGGCUGAAGGCGGGCGGGCACCGCGUGCUCAUCUUCACGCAGAUGACGCGGAUGCUCGACGUGCUGGAGCGGUUCCUCACCUUCCACGGGCACCUCUACCUGCGCCUCGACGGCUCCACCCGCGUGGAGCAGAGACAGGCGCUGAUGGAGCGCUUCAACGCCGACAAGCGCAUCUUCUGCUUCAUCCUCUCCACGCGCAGCGGCGGCGUCGGCGUCAACCUGGCAGGUGCCGACACCGUCGUGUUCUACGACAGCGACUGGAACCCCACCAUGGACGCGCAGGCGCAGGACAGGUGUCACCGCAUCGGCCAGACCCGAGACGUCCACAUCUACAGGUUGAUCAGCGAGCGGACGGUGGAGGAGAACAUCCUGAAGAAAGCCAAUCAGAAGAGGAUGUUGGGGGACAUGGCCAUCGAGGGGGGCAACUUCACCACUGCCUACUUCAAACAGCAAACGAUCCGGGAGCUGUUCGACAUGAGCCCCGACGGGGACAAGGACGGGGACGGGGACCCCAAAGGUGACCCCAAAGGUGACCCCAAAGGAGACCCCAAAGGAGACCCCAAAGGUGACCCCAGAGGUGACCCCAAGGACAGGGGGGACAUCAGAGGGGACCCCCCGAGGACGAGGAGGACGCGGCGGCCACGAGGGGCACCCACAUCCUGGAGCAGGUGAGGGGACAGCAGGUGA